UGCACCCCACCUCCCUCUCUUCCUUCACACACAAAAACACCAUGGCUGCAACAACAGCAAUGACAACAUUCAACUCAUACUCACCUCAAGAACAAGCACAAGAAUCAACAGACACCCCUCAACUUUCAAAAAAACCCAAAACCCUCCUCCAUAAACACCCUCUCUACACUCCAACCCACUCAAAACUCUCCCUCCAAUUCAAAGAAAAAAUCCUCUGUCUCGAAGUCAUGGGAAUCGAUUCAGGGAAAGCCCUUUCCUUAAACCCUUCAAUCCAUUCCACCUCCCUCGAUUCCAUUCACUCCAUCAUCACAUUCCUCCGAUCCAAAGGCAUCCAACAGAAAGACCUUCCAAGAAUCAUCGGUAUGUGCCCUCAAAUCCUCACAUCCACCAUCACCAACGAUCUCAUUCCGAUUUUCAAUUUCCUUUCACACGAUCUCAAAAUCCCAGAUCACAAUUUCCGAAGAGUCAUCAAUAAAUGCCCUCGAUUGCUAGUUUCGAGCGUUGAAAACCAACUGAAACCUGCUCUGUUUUACCUUCAAAGACUUGGGUUUCGGGAUUUGGGGGCGUUGGCUUAUCAGGAUUGUGUAUUGUUGGUGUCGAAUGUGGAGAACACGUUGAUUCCGAAGCUGGAUUACUUGAUUGGACUUGGGUUUUCGAAAAGGGAAGCGAUUGAGAUGGUUUUGAGGUGUCCUGGGUUGUUUACUUUCAGUCUUGAGAAUAAUUUUAAGCCGAAAUUCGAGUAUUUUGAGAAGGAAAUGAUGAGGGAUUUGAGUGAAUUGAAGGAUUUCCCACAGUAUUUUGCUUUUAGUUUGGAGAAGAGGAUUAAGCCUAGGCAUUUGGAGGCUUUGGAAUGUGGGAUUAAGAUUCCAUUACCACUUUUACUUAAAACCACUGAUGAAGAGUUUGCAGAUUUGUUAAAGCAGGGGGAUAACAACAAAUCAAGAUAUUUGUAAAUUCAUUCGUUCUUCUCUUUGUAAGUAUUGAGAAUAAAUAGCUACCUACUUUUAUUUA